GCCCAUGCUCAAACUCACGCUCACACUCACACUACUUAUCAACUGUCUGUCCUGACAAGACUGAGACAUCAGAUGUCCGCGGGAAAUAUGGAACUUGAGGGAAAAAGAAAAAUUAAGGAGCAAUGUGCCCUGAGGAAGGACAUCAUCAAAGAGUUCCUGGCAGAAUUUCUGGGGAUAUUCGUAUUAAUAGUUCACCUCCCCAUCCUGUCCUGUCUGUCUGAGUGGCACAGCUCAGUGGCUGGGCUUACUGAGGCUCAGUCUCAGUGGCUUCAAUGAGUCAGUGGUCAUCCUGAUCAGCGCCACAACAUAAAUGGACUAAUCCACUCCUCACAACAGAAACAGCUAUUUUUGGACAAAAUCAUUCUUUCAACACUUUUGUUUUGAUUUACUUGUCCUUCUAAUAAAACAAUGAAAGGAUGAAUGAUCAUUUCCCAUGCUUCAAAUGGGACAUCUUCGAUGGCAUUCUUCUUACAGGGUUCAGGGGGAACGCACUGAUCUAAAAGGAAAUCUAAUUAGAAAUGAAGGCUGUAGAACAAGAGGACUAGUCUUUUAUGCAUAAUUAGAAAUGAAAAAACAACGACUUUUUCUUCCUCCUGCCAACAUGUUUUUGCUUGUGUUUUUUGUCUCUGUCUCCGUCCCAGCUCUUUGGAUGUGGCUCGGUGGCCCAGACAGUGCUGAGUAAGGGAGCUCUGGGAGAACCCUUGACCAUCCACAUCGGCUUCACUCUGGGUGUGAUGAUGGCCGUCUACGUGGCUGGGGGAGUGUCAGGGGCCCAUGUGAACCCAGCAGUCUCUCUGGCCAUGGUGGUCCUGGGCAAACUGCCUAUAAAGAAGUUCCCUGUCUACGUGGCAGCACAGUUCCUGGGUGCCUUCGCUGGAUCUUGUGCUGUCUAUGGGUUGUAUUACGAUGCCUUAAUGGAACACACAGGAGGAGUUAUGCAAGUUACUGGCAUCAAUGCCACAGCUAAUAUAUGGGCAUCCUACCCUGCCAAGCACAUCUCAGUCCUUGGAGGAUUCGUAGACCAGGUGAUAGGAACAGCUGCCUUGAUCCUGUGCAUUCUGGCCAUUAUUGAUGGGAAGAACAUUGGCGCUCCUAAAGGGAUGGAACCACUGUGCAUUGGCCUGAUCAUAAUGGCCAUCGGAGUGUCCAUGGGACUCAACUGUGGCUAUCCCAUCAACCCUGCUAGAGACCUGGGCCCAAGGCUCUUCACUGCUGUGGCCGGAUGGGGCAUGGAGGUGUUCCGUGCUGGAGGCUGCUGGUGGUGGAUCCCAGUAGCGGGGCCCAUGGUGGGAGGAGUGGUGGGAGCCGCCAUUUACUUCCUGUUCAUCGAGCUGCACCAUGCCGAGCCUGAGAAACAGGGGGAGAACAACGUCAAGGACAAAUACGAGAUGGUCACCCUGAGUUAGACAGAGAGGCCAUGAGCACCAAUGGUACUGAGGCUUGGCAGCUUCCUACCCCUUUAACCCUCAACAGGCUAAACAUUCACCUCAAUGAGGCCACACUUGACACAACCUUCUCUGCUUGCACUAGAGUCAUUUCCUCUGUCUAAGGGACCUGAGGUCAGGUCUCAGUCUCUGCACUCUCAUGGACAGGUCCGCUGAAAGAAUGCCAGUUGAGCCAACACAUAAAAAACACAAACAGUAUGUAAUGUUAAAUUCACAAUCACAAGCUGAGAUCUCAGGCAUGUUUACUAGCCCAUGACAUCAUCAUCAGGUGUUCAGACUAUCCAUUCUACUCUUAAUAAUUUAUAUUGCAUCUCUUGUAUAGGGCUAUUUUUCAUUGCAGGAGGAAUUUGCCAAGUUUGAAACCAUCUCAUUAUUUUCUAUCUUUCAGACAGAGGUGAUGGUAAAUGUUAUUAACCAGAUUAAUGGCAAAUGUUAUUAACAACAUAGAAAAUAGCCAGUAACAGUUUCUGUGAUUGAAGGAAGGAAGUGUGUAUAUUUUUUUGUCAUUGAGCUAGUUUAAUGGUAUGCUCUCUGGAGUGUCUUCCGUCUUCUGCUUCACUUCAUCCAUCUAUUUGUUACAGUUAUGUGAAUCGCUCUGCCUGCUGCGACACACAGCCUCAUCACUGCAUGUGUGCUAUAGCUAACACACAUCUAUGUAUUUGUGCUUUGAAAUGCUCAUAGUCUUUUUUUUUUUUUUUUUUUAGAGUGCGGAAAAAACAGACAAUGUGUGUGAAAUGAGCCUCCCACCGUUCUCUCGUUGAGCACAGAACUGUGUAUCGUGACACGGCAUCACUUCUAAAUUAUUUUUUAUCUGACUUUUAUUUCCUUUUAUAUAACGUUCCUGCUGUCAUGUGCACACAUUUUCAUAGAAGCAUGAGUAGGGAAGCCUAGUAUCUACAGUACCUAGCAUGAGUAGGGAAGCCUAGUAUCUACAGUACCUAGCAUGAGUAGGGAAGGCUAGUAUCUACAGUACCUAGCAUGAGUAGGGAAGGCUAGUAUCUACAGUACCUAGCAUGAGUAGGGAAGCCUAGUAUCUACAGUACCUAGCAUGAGUAGGGAAGGCUAGUAUCUACAGUACCUAGCAUGAGUAGGGAAGCCUAGUAUCUACAGUACCAUUGGACAUGUUUUAAUAAACAAUAUACUGUAUGAAGAGUCCAAUGAGAGAUAGUUUACCCCACUGGCCAAUGGCCAUAUGGGAAUGUAUAAAAAUUGUUUGUUUAUCGCAAUCAUUACGUUAUUCCUCCAAUGAUGUGACUAGGAUUUAACCACUGAGGAACUCCUACACUAUGACCAAUAGUGAACUGGACAAUAACAGAAUAACAUCAGUACAACUUCCAAGAAUAGAGCCCUCAGACAAAAACACUCAAAUGAACCAAGUCCUUCCAUCCUAGUGAUGUUAUUUAGCCAUGGGUGGGCAGAGGAACACUAGUUCCCUAUUCCCAGAAGAGCCCUCACCAAUGAAACACAUAGCAUUUUAUAACCUGUAUGUGGCUUACUACUGAACCAGAUAUAAUUCGUAGGGGAAAAUGUAGCUCUUUAGAAAUGAUUUUCUUUAUUAUUUUACACCUUUGUUACUUAGUGGUUUAGUUGCUGUAGUUUCUUAUUGUAGUUCGUUUUUUUGUUUAAAGAAAUUGCUACAUGUACUUUGGAUGACUACAUGACGCUAGCUUGAUUCUCCUGAGAUUCAACCUUUGGAUGACUACAUGACGCUAGCUUGAUUCUCCUGAGUUUCAACCUUUGGAUGACUACAUGACGCUAGCUUGAUUCUCCUGAGUUUCAACCUUUGGAUGACUACAUGAUGCUAGCUUGAUUCUCCUGAGUUUCAACCUUUGGAUGACUACAUGAUGCUAGCUUGAUUCUUUUGAGAUUCAACCUUUGGAUGACUACAUGACGCUAGCUUGAUUCUCCUGAGUUUCAACCUUUGGAUGACUACAUGAUGCUAGCUUGAUUCUCCUGAGUUUCAACCUUUGGAUGACUACAUGACGCUAGCUUGAUUCUCCUGAGUUUCAACCUUUGGAUGACUACAUGAUGCUAGCUUGAUUCUCCUGAGAUUCAACCUUUGGAUGACUACAUGAUGCUAGCUUGAUUCUCCUGAGUUUCAACCUUUGGAUGACUACAUGAUGCUAGCUUGAUUCUCCUGAGAUUCAACCUUUGGAUGACUACAUGACGCUAGCUUGAUUCUCCUGAGUUUCAACCUUUGGAUGACUACAUGACGCUAGCUUGAUUCUCCUGAGUUUCAACCUUUGGAUGACUACAUGAUGCUAGCUUGAUUCUCCUGAGAUUCAACCUUUGGAUGACUACAUGACGCUAGCUUGAUUCUCCUGAGUUUCAACCUUUGGAUGACUACAUGACGCUAGCUUGAUUCUCCUGAGUUUCAACCUUUGGAUGACUACAUGAUGCUAGCUUGAUUCUCCUGAGAUUCAACCUUUGGAUGACUACAUGAUGCUAGCUUGAUUCUCCUGAGAUUCAACCUUUGGAUGACUACAUGAUGCUAGCUUGAUUCUCCUGAGAUUCAACCUUUGGAUGACUACAUGAUGCUAGCUUGAUUCUUUUGAGAUUCAACCUUUGGAUGACUACAUGACGCUAGCUUGAUUCUCCUGAGUUUCAACCUUUGGAUGACUACAUGAUGCUAGCUUGAUUCUCCUGAGAUUCAACCUUUGGAUGACUACAUGAUGCUAGCUUGAUUCUCCUGAGAUUCAACCUUUGGAUGACUACAUGAUGCUAGCUUGAUUCUCCUGAGAUUCAACCUUUGGAUGACUACAUGAUGCUAGCUUGAUUCUCCUGAGAUUCAACCUUUGGAGGAGUACAAUGUUUUAUGGCUGUUGUUUUUCUGUUGCUUCACUUGACUUAAAAAAAUGAUAAAAGGCACUUUUACUCACACAAUUUUUCUCAGAUGCUAUUUGAUAAAAGUUACUUCUUUGUAAAGGCAAUUUUGUAGAUUUUACAAAAAUAAAUAUUUGAUGUGUAUUUCUUU